AUGUCAAACGCAAAGUAUACGUCUGUGGCAGUGAGGGAAAACUACGAUGAUCUUGGUCCCAACAACACUGCUCUUGCCCUUAUAGAUGAUACGGCGAUCUUAUGUCUAACCCAAAGAAGAAUUACUUAUCAUGUUGUGAAGGUGAACCAAUCUGACUCUAAUUUUCCAGUCACAAUCAUUCAGACAAUACUUACGGAUGCAGAGAUUUUGUCCUACAAAAUAGAAAAGAACCCUUGUGAUGAAGCCUUUAACAACCAUAUUCAAAAUCUAAGACCUGCCGAGGACUUGAAAAUUCUCUAUUCUAAGAUCCCUCAUGUUGUGAAGGUCGUUAACCUGUGUUGUUCGGAACGCCUUAACAGAAUAAAGAGAGAGUUGAACAAAACUGACGGAAUAAAUUGCGUGACAGUAGAUUAUGAUCAGUGGAGGAUAGCAGUUUCUGGUGAUCAUGUAGAUCCAGCCACACUGGUAAAGACAAUUGAAAAGUAUGCACAGAUUAAGCCCCACAGAAAUGCCAAGGACAAACCUGUUGCUGCAGCAGCACAAGGAUUCAAAAACAAGAAAAACUUCCAAUUUGAGACUUGUGUUGUGAAGAUUUCAAGUUAUUGGAUUACUUAUUAUUUUGAGGCAAUACAGAAAAAUUUGUUGCAGGAAAUAAAUGGAAUAAAAUCCAUCACCAUUAAUGCAUGCAAACGCAAGAUAGCAGUUUGUGGUGAUAUUGUAGACCCAGCCAUAGUCAUAGAGACAAUAUCAAGGGUUUGUAAGGCACGUACAGAGCUUGUGUCCUACGACAAGAAGAAUUCAAAUCCUGCUGCAAAUCAUCUUGCACAAGGUCGAACGAUCAAGAAUAAUGAUAACUUCAUUCAAAACGACACAAAAUUAUCCCCAAAUUAUAACAAGGAUGCUAUUGUUCCUGCGUCAAUGGAGAACCGCAGUAUUACGGAGGUUGCUCUUCCAUUGAUGAAGAAGAACCGCCGUUUUGAUGGUCCGGUGACUUGUGUUUUUAAGGUACGUUGUCCAGGUUGUCUUGACGAAGUAACGGAAACAUUGCACAAAAUAAAAGGAGUAGAUUUCAUCUUCAGCUUCUUAAAAUAUGGACCUGAUGGUUGGCAAGUAAAAGUUUUUGGUGAUAUAGAUCCACUCACAAUCACGAACACAAUAUUCACAAAAUACAAGAGAACAGUUACGCUUUCGGCCUAUGAGGACUUUCGUCGUCCCCAAAAGACCAGUUGGGAUUCAGCGACUGGUUUCCGUUUUCCAAACUUUUUGUGACGACUUUUGACUACUUUGAUAAUUACGUCCGGACAUUCGUAUAGGAGAAUUU